AUGGCACCAGACAAGAUGAAGCAGUGGACCACGGGGCUGGACGGCAUCGACAAGCUGCAGAUGGAGGAGGCGGAUGUGCCGCGCCCGGGCGAGGGCGAGGUGCUGGUCAAGAUUCACGCCGUGAGCUUGAAUUACCGCGACAAAGAGGUCUGCAGCGGCGAGUACGACCACCACGCGUCGAGCGAGCCGGCGCGGCGCCUGGUCCCGUGCUCCGACAUGUGCGGCACCGUGGUCGAGAGCCGGUCCGGCCUGCUCGGCGAGGGGGCCCGCGUCGCGUCCAUCUUCCUGCAGACCCAUCUCCGGGGCGCGGUGCGCGAGGAGGACAUGGCCAGCGGGCUGGGCCUGCCGCUGCCGGGGGUCCUCGCGCAGUACCGCGUCUUCGCGGCCGCCUCGCUGGUCCGCGUGCCGGGGUACCUGACGGACGAGGAGGCGAGCUGCCUGCCGGUCGCGGGCGUGACGGCGUGGACGAGCCUCAACUGGAUGCGGCCGCUGGGGCGGCACAUCGGCACCGACUCGAAGGAUGACGACGGGGAGCACCCGGACCCGGGGUCGCGGUUCGUGCUGCUCCAGGGGACGGGCGGCGUGGCCGUGGCCGGCCUGCAGACCGCCCACGCCGCGGGCUACCGGACCAUCGUGACGUCCUCGUCCGACGACAAGCUGCGCCGCGCGGCGGACGAGCUGGGCGCCGACCACACCGUCAACUACAAGACGUACUGGGAGUGGCAGGCGCCCGUCAUGGAGGCCACGGGCGGCCGGGGCGCCGACGUCAUUUUCGAGACGGGCGGCGCGCGCACCCUCCGCAAGAGCUUCGAGAGCGUGGCCUUUGGCGGCGUCAUCAACUGCAUCGGCUACCUGUCGGGCAAGGAGGACGAGGACCGCCCCGGCGGCGACGGGCUGCAGAGGCUCAAUGUCAAUGUGCUGGCGCUGCGGCGCAACGUGACGCUGCGCGGCAUCAUCAACGGCGGCAAGGACCGCUUCGAGGAGAUGCUGGGCUUUUACGAGGACAAGAAGAUCCGGCCCGUCGUGGGCAGGGUCUUUGCGUUUGCCGACGCAAAGGAGGCCAUGGCGUAUCUGGCCAGUGGGAAGCACUUUGGUAAAGUGGUGAUCAAGGUUGGCGAUGCUAGUUAG